AUGGCUACUUUCGGCAAUAUUGGAGAGUUUUGUGAAAAGAAAGAGACAUGGGAAAUGUACACUGAUCGUCUCGGCGAAUAUUUCGCGGCGAACAAUAUCUCCGACGCAGCACGCAAAAGGGCCAUACUCAACUCUGUCGUUGGUUCACAAACAUAUAAGCUGAUUAGCGAUCUUCUUGCCCCUAAGAAACCAAACGAAGCUACAUAUCAAGAACUAGUGGACAGACUUGAGAAGCAUUUCAAACCCACAAAGUCUAGCAUCAUUGCUCGCUUUCAAUUCAACAGCCGCUGUCGGCGAUCUGGUGAAUCAAUCGCCGAAUAUUUAGCAGCACUACGUGCACUGGCCAGUGACUGCAAGUUUGGCCAAAACCUUGAUGAAAUGCUGAGAGACAGACUUGUGUGUGGCGUGCAGAAUGAACGCAUCCAGAAAUCCCUGCUUGCCCAACCAGAGGACAAACUUGACCUCAAGCGCACAGUGGAACUUGCACAAUCAAUGCAGCUCGCAGGUGAUCAGGCAAAGAUGUUGUCAGCCUCUACCAGCACAAUGGCUGAAUCAAAUACCACUGUCAAUGCUUUCAGAAAGAAACAAGCUCAACGCCCAAACAGACCAACAUGGUCAAAUCAACGGCAGACAUCUGCACGCAGUAGUUCUACACAGCAGCAAAAGCCCAGAAAACCUUGUGGAAAUUGUGGAACUUUUCACAAGAGGCGCGAAUGCCCAGCCUACGGCAAGACUUGCCACAAAUGUAACAAAAAGAAUCACUAUGCUGAUUACUGCAGAAGCAGCCGCCACGUCUACACAGUAAACCCCGAUUCAUACUCGGAGGAAGACGAACCUGCCGUGGAUGAGCAAGAAUUAUUUUACGUUCGAGCCGUGGACAACACCAACUUGCACUUGAAACAUGACAUCCACGCUACGCUUGUGGUGAAUAACACACACGUUCCUGUCCAACUUGACACUGGUGCACGUUGUAACGUCCUGCCCAUGCAUGUUUACAAUGUCAUCGCACCACCUAAGUCCAUCGAUAAUUCAAAGUCAACCAAGCUCAUCGCUUAUGGAGGAACCGAGCUCCACACAGUUGGACUAGCUACACUGCCAUGUCGCAUUGACUCAUCGCAGACUGACCAUAAUAUUGACUUUCACAUUGUUGACACACAAGUGAAAGCUAUCCUCGGCUUAACCGAUUGCCUCCGUCUAGGCCUGCUGUCUGUCAAUAACUUAGUUUACCAUGUCUCCAAUGACACCACAUCGCCUCAAGUCUUCAAAGACUACGAAGACCUGUUUGACAGCUCGCUCGGGUCACUACCAGUCAUCUACACCAUGACCAUAGACCCCAAUGCUACGCCGGUUGUCCGACCCCCACGUCGCAUCCCUGCUGCAAUGCAAGACAAGGUCAAGUCCGAACUGCAGCGGAUGACUACCCUAGGCGUGAUCACUCCAGUCUCCGAACCGACAGACUGGGUUUCCUCCAUGGUCGCGACUCAUAAGAAAAACAGCGAAGAAAUCCGCUUAUGCAUCGACCCUCGCGACCUUAACGAAGCACUGAAACGCCCACACCACCCUACCCGAACAGUAGAGGAAGUCGCUGCCAAGAUGGAUGGUGCGACAGUUUUCUCAGUGCUUGAUGCUAAAUGCUCGUUCUGGCAGAUCCCCUUGGAUUACGAAUCAUCACUGCUGACUACAUUCAGCACGCCAUAUGGCAGAUACCGCUAUCUUCGCAUGCCCUACGGCCUCUGUUCUGCCUCCGAUGUGUACCAGUGA